CCUGACACCAACUCUGACCCUGAAACACAGAAAGGUUCCUGCUAAAACGAUCAGAGUGAGACCUCCUGUCUGUGUGAACAUCUACGUGUGCGUUCAGUCCUGGUGAUGUUUGGCGUGUGUGUCAUGUGACCUCAGAGUGCAGGGAGACGGACUGGCUGAAGGUCUCAGACGGUAAAGGCUCCUUCCAGGUGCAGGGGUGGAGCCUGCGGCGGCAGCAGUUCGUGGCGCUGAUGUGGAAACGUUUCCUGUACGCUCGGCGCUCCCGGAAAGGCUUCUUCGCUCAGGUACGCUCACACCUGUGCUCCUCUGAUGUCAGCUGUUUCCUGCGGGUUGGGGUCUCACCUGGUCGUGUCUGUGUUUCAGAUCGUUCUCCCCGCCGUGUUCGUGUGCAUCGCUCUGGUCUUCAGUCUCAUCGUCCCGCCGUUUGGAAAGUACCCGAGUCUGGAGCUGCAGCCCUGGAUGUACGAAGACCAGGUCACCUUCAUCAGGUACACCCCUGUGCUCACCUGUGUCCGUGCGCUGUACUGAGCACGCGCUCAGCUGUUACACUCACGUGUGUUUGUGUUUGUGCGGCAGCGAUGACGCCCCCUCAGACGCCAACAUGCAGAGGUUACUGAACACGCUCCUCGAUCCUCCGGGCUUCGGGACUCGCUGUAUGGACGGAUACUCCAUCCCGUAAGACACCUGUGUUUUCACCUUUACCCUCUGAGAGAAUGCAGGGCUCUGAUUGGCUGUAGAGAGUCACAUUGUGUGUUUGUUUGGAUGUAACGUCAGAUCAGAACGAUGAGCGACGCGACCCCGUCCAGCGUUUAUCAGUCACAGGUGUGGUUAAUGAUCAUUGUUGCCCCGCCCCCUCCCUCAGAGACGCCCCCUGUACGAUGGGGGAUGAGGACUGGAUCUACCCUGACGUCCCUGAAAGCGUCCAGCAGCUCUUCAGCUCCAGAAACUGGACCAUGGACGACCCGUCUCCGGCCUGUUUCUGCUCCUGCGACGGGAAGAAGAAGAUGCUGCCCGAGUGUCCCGCCGGCGCCGGAGGACUGCCCCCCCCUGAGGUCAGUCAGCUGACACACCUGGACUCCUCUGUGCAGGUGUGUGUCAGGUGUGUGUAUUUACAGUGUGUGUGUUUGUGUUCAGAUGAAGCUGAGCGCCACCGACGCUCUGCAGAACCUGACCGGACGGAACAUCUCCGACUACCUGGUGAAAACGUACGCUCAGAUCAUCGGCAAGAGGUGAGGCAGUACAAGUACACAGAGGUACUGCAGUACAAGUACACAGAGGUACUGCAGUACAAGUACACAGAGGUACUGCAGUACAAGUACACACAUUUACUGCAGUACAAGUACACACAUUUACUGCAGUACAAGGAUACAGAGGUACUGCAGUACAAGUACACAGAGGUACUGCAGUACAAGUACACACAUUUACUGCAGUACAAGUACACAGAGGUACUGCAGUACAAGUACACACAUUUACUGCAGUACAAGUACACACAUUUACUGCAGUACAAGUACACACAUUUACUGCAGUACAAGUACACAGAGGUACUGCAGUACAAGUACACACAUUUACUGCAGUACAAGAACACACAUUUACUGCAGUACAAGUACACAGAGGUACUGCAGUACAAGUACACACAUUUACUGCAGUACAAGUACACACAUUUACUGCAGUACAAGGAUACAGAGGUACUGCGGUACAAGUACACAGAGGUACUGCAGUACAAGUACACACAUUUACUGCAGUACAAGUACACACAUUUACUGCAGUACAAGGAUACAGAGGUACUGCAGUACAAGUACACAGAGGUACUGCAGUACAAGUACACAGAGGUACUGCAGUACAAGUACACAGAGGUACUGCAGUACAAGUACACACAUUUACUGCAGUACAAGUACACACAUUUACUGCAGUACAAGGAUACAGAGGUACUGCAGUACAAGUACACAGAGGUACUGCAGUACAAGUACACACAUUUACUGCAGUACAAGUACACAGAGGUACUGCAGUACAAGUACACACAUUUACUGCAGUACAAGUACACACAUUUACUGCAGUACAAGUACACACAUUUACUGCAGUACAAGUACACAGAGGUACUGCAGUACAAGUACACACAUUUACUGCAGUACAAGUACACAGAGGUACUGCAGUACAAGUACACACAUUUACUGCAGUACAAGUACACACAUUUACUGCAGUACAAGGAUACAGAGGUACUGCGGUACAAGUACACAGAGGUACUGCAGUACAAGUACACACAUUUACUGCAGUACAAGUACACACAUUUACUGCAGUACAAGUACACAGAGGAACUGCAGUACAAGUACACAGAGGUACUGCAGUACAAGUACACAGAGGUACUGCAGUACAAGUACACAGAGGUACUGCAGUACAAGUACACACAUUUACUGCAGUACAAGUACACAGAGGUACUCAAUCGUUGAUUUAUUUCUUCUGUUUCAGCCUGAAGAACAAAGUCUGGGUGAAUGAAUUCAGGUCAGUUCUCAUAUUUUUCUGCUUUUAUUCUGAAAGUCCUGCUCUAUUUCCUGUCUAACAUGUGUUUUUUUCUCUGCAGGUACGGAGGAUUCUCAUUGGGCGCCAGGAGCACUCAGGUCCUCCCUCCCGCUAAAGAGAUCGACGACGCAAUCGAGCGAGUGAGGAAGAUCUUUGAGCUCCAGAAGGUGAGAGAGUGUGAGACAUCUGUCAGAAAUAUAACAUCUCAGACACAGAUUGUCAUCAGCCAAUCACAGAGCAGCUGAUGGUCAGUAACUGACCCUGGGUUUUGUGUUGUUUUAGGGAGCGGCUGCAGAUCGGUUCCUGGACAAUCUGUCGGGUUUCAUCAACGGUUUGGACACGAAGAACAACGUGAAGGUGAGGAACAGCUGACACAAACCCAAACUCUCAAACUUUGAAGGUCACUUUGAAGGUCACGGGUCUGACUGUCGUCUACCUGUGCUCAGGUGUGGUUCAAUAACAAAGGCUGGCACAGUAUCGGAGCGUUCAUCAACGUGAUGAAUAACGCCAUCCUCAGAGCUCACCUGCCCCCAGGUGAAGACCCCAGCAAGUACGGAAUCUCCGCCCACAACCACCCGCUCAACCUGACCAAGGAGCAGCUGUCGCAGGUCGCCCUGUGAGUACGCAGACCUGAACCAGAACCUCCUGAAACCACUUCACCCCAGAGUUUCUGACUCCUCCCCCGUCCUGUGUUUCCAGGGUAACGACCUCAGUGGACGUCCUGGUGUCCAUCUGUGUGAUCUUUGCGAUGUCCUUCGUCCCUGCGAGUUUUGUCGUCUUCCUGAUUCAGGAGCGCGUCAGUAAAACCAAACACAUGCACUUCAUCAGCGGCGUGCAGCCGCUGCUCUACUGGAUCGCCAACUACAUCUGGGACAUGGUGAGACACGAAUCAAACACACCCGUCGGCAGGGCGGAGUCUCUCUGUGAUCAUUGUGUAUUUACUGUGUGUUUAUGUGUGUGUGUGUUUGCAGUGUAACUACAUCGUCCCGGCAACGCUCGUCAUCCUCAUCUUCGUCUGUUUCCAACAAAAGGCCUACGUGUCCGCGACCAACCUGCCGGUGCUCGCCCUCCUCCUGCUGCUCUACGGGUACGGAGACAAAAAAAUACAAAACUACAAUAAUACAGAACUACAAAACUACUUCACUGCAAAACUACAAUAAUAGAAAACUACAACACUAAACUACAACAACAACAAAACUACAACACUUAACUACAAAACUACUUUACUGCAAAACUACAAUAAUAGAAAACUACAACACUAAACUACAACAACAACAAAACUACAACAAUGAACUACAAAAACAACAUAACUACUUUACUGCAAAACUACAGCAACAACAAAAACUAAAACACCAACAAAACUACAACACCAACAAAACCACAACACCGAACUACAAAACUACUUUACUGCAAAACUACAAUAAUAGAAAACUACAGCACCAAAGAACAACACCAACAAAACUACAACACAGAACUACAAAACUACUUUACUGCAAAGCUAAAACACUGAACUACAAAACUUCAAUCUGUCUGUUUGUUAAUUUGCGUUGUUGUUGUUGUUGUUGUUGUUGUUGAUGUUUGUUGUUGUUUGUCGUCGUUGUCGUCUCCAGCUGGUCCAUCACGCCGCUGAUGUACCCCGCCUCUUUCUUCUUCACGAUCCCAAGCACGGCGUACGUCGUCCUCACGAGCGUCAACAUCCUCAUCGGCAUCAACGGCAGCAUCUCCACCUUCGUCAUGGAACUCUUUGGGAACAAUGUGAGUUGCCAUGGAGACUCUGUUCUAAUCUCAGAGUGUAACUGAAAUUAAAAAUUGAUGGUGUGGUGACACUUCCUGUCUGUAGGAGAUCGGAGGAAUCAACGACAUCCUGAAGAACGUCCUGCUCAUCUUCCCUCACUUCUGUCUGGGUCGAGGUCUCAUAGACAUGGUGAAGAACCAGGCCAUGGCCGACGCCCUGGAGAGAUUCGGUAUGGACACGUUUCCCAUGAUGCUCUGCUCCUGAGACACCUCGUUGUUUCUUUCUUUGAACUUCACCUGAUGAACUCUUGUUUUAUUUUGAAAGGCGAGAACAGGUUCCGCUCCCCUCUGGAGUGGGACAUGGUGGGAAAAAACCUGUUUGCCAUGGCGGUGGAGGGCGUGGUCUUCUUCAUCAUCACACUCCUCAUCCAGUACAGGUUCUGCAUCAAACCCAGGUACGAGUCCCACAGUCACCAAGACCGGUCCAGUUGUCCUUUCAACGAAGAACUGGAAAUCAUAGAUGCUGCAUCCUCAGUUUUAAAGAGUAGAGGGUCCACCAGACUUGUUCUUACCCCCGAUCUCCACCUUCAUCCUGAUCGUCUCCUAAAAGGUCGUAUCCUUCAAUCGUAGCUGAUCGUAACCAUUCAAGUUAACUGUCUAAAACUGAGGAUGCAGCAUCUAUGAUUUCCAGAUCUUCGUUUAAAGGACAGUCCUUUCCAAAAGAGUGUCACACCCAAUCUCGAUUUUCCUGAUGCGGUGAAAAUUGGGGCUAAAACUGUUCCAGGCUGUUUGUUACAGUGGGAGGUUAAACAUGGGGCUCUAUGGGGACUGACUCACUUUGGGACAUGCCCCUGGUGGACACUCAUGGAACUGCAGUUUUUAGGACUUCUUUUUUUGUCAACAUCAUUUUUUUCUUGGUCAGGCAGAUCUAUAGCUUAAACUCUUUGUUCACCAUCUUGAGCUGCAGGAAACUCUGAUCCCUUCAAAAUAAAAGCCCUGUCUUUAAAUCUAAAUCUCUGUGUGUUCAGGCCGGUCAGCACACUGACUAAACUGGCUCCUCUGGGCGAGGAGGACGAGGACGUGGCCCGAGAGAGGCAGAGGAUCGUCCACGGUCUGGGACAUGGGGACAUCCUGGAGCUCCGACAGCUCACCAAGGUACCACACCUGCAGAUACACAAUAACAACACACUCACCCAUGGGGGCGGAGCCACAGUGACAUCACAGGAAAUGGCCGAUGAUCGGGUGAACUUUGUUUUUUUUUCAGGUGUUUAAGAGGAAGCAGAAACCUGCGGUGGACCGUCUGUGUGUGGGGAUUCCCCCCGGAGAGGUGAGCCUGAUCAGCUGAUCAAUAAUCAAUAAUCAGACUCUGAUCAGGUGGGAGGUCUAACCCUGUUUCUGUGCUCAGUGUUUCGGGCUGCUCGGCGUGAACGGGGCGGGAAAGACGACCACCUUCAAGAUGCUGACAGGUGACACCAUGGUGACCAGCGGGGAGGCCUUCCUCAACGGGAAGAGGUGAGCUCAGAGGUCAGAGGUCACCUGACUGUCUGUGGAGGUCAGGUGGGCUUCCCUCUCGCGAUAUUUUUUUUUUUGAAGGAUGGUAGGGGAAGGUCCCGCCUCCUUCGCCUCUGAUUGGCUGUGAAACGUCGUCACACGCUCAAGCUGAGCGCCGGCGGUCGGCUCUGAACAUCAAACAGAACAUGAUCGUAAUUCUAGAUCUGAUAACCCGACAGACUACGACGUUUCACAGGCAUCAGGAAUAACCAAUCAGAGCCCAGCACUCUGAGCCAAUCAGAGGUGAAGGAGGACGGGACCUUCCCCUACCGUCCCUCUCUGACCUGUUUGUGCUGCUGAACAGAUUAACUCUGAGGAUUAGAACUUUGAGUUCUGUGAGCCCAGACCAAAACAGUCGGACCGGGUCAGACCGGGUCAGACCGGGUCAGACCGGGUCAGACACUCAGGAAUAUUCGAUCUAUUCGACCUCUGACCUUUCACAGACUGAAGGACACCGUCUCUUGGAUGACAGUGUCGCCGCUGUAAUCCUGUUUGAUUCACAGAUUAAAUGAAAGUCAGACCUGCUCCUGGAUUAAAUCUCACCCUCACCCUAACCCUCACACUGACCCUCACCCCUCACCCUCACCCUCACCCUGACACUCACCCUCACCCCUCACCCUCACACUGACCCUCACCCUCACCCCUCACCCUCACACUGACCCUCACCCUCACCCUCACCCUCACCCUCACACUGACCCUCACCCUCACCCCUCACCCUCACACUGACCCUCACCCUCACCCUCACCCUCACACUGACCCUCACCCUCACACUCACCCUCACACUGACCCUCACCCUCACCCUCACCCUCACACUGACCCUCACCCUCACCCCUCACCCUCACCCUCACACUGACCCUCACCCUCACACUGACCCUCACCCUCACCCCCACACUGACCCUCACCCCUCACCCUCACCCCUCACCCUCACACUGACCCUCACCCUCACCCUCACCCCUCACCCUCACCCUCACACUGACCCUCACCCUCUCACAGAUGACAGGAUGAACCCGGAUCAGCUGGUGCGGGUCCUGCGGUUCACUGUGACGGGGUUUAAUCCGAGCUCAGCUGCUGCUGCUCUGGUUUCCUCCUCGUUAAUCUCAUUAGUCCAAAUUAAACACAGAGAGGUGUUUCGACAUCCUCUAAUCUCACAGCACAGGAGGGGCUCAACCUGGGCUCAGGGACCCUGCAGGGCCGCCACACUCACUGAAGCGGUCCAAGGAGUCCUCUGUGUCUGAGGGUUCAGAUUAUUCCUGUAGAAAACUCACAGAGACCCACAAAGACCUACAGAGACCUACAGAGACCUACAGAGACCUACAGAGACCCACAAAGACCUACAGAGAUCUACAGAGACCUACAGAGACCCACAAAGACCUACAAAGACUUACAGAGACCCACAAACACCUACAGAGACCCACAAAGACCUACAAAGACCUACAGAGACCCACAAAGACCUACAGAGACCUACAGAGAUCUACAGAGACCUACAGAGACUCACAAAGACCUACAGAGACCUACAGAGACCUACAGAGACCCACAAAGACCUACAGAGACCCACAAAGACCUACAAAGACCUACAGAGACCCACAAAGACCUACAGAGACCUACAGAGACCCACAAAGACCUACAGAGACCCACAAAGACCUACAGAGACCUACAGAGACCUACAGAGACCUACAGAGACUCACAAAGACCUACAGAGACCUACAAAGACCUACAGAGACCCACAAAGACCUACAGAGACCUACAGAGACCCACAAAGACCUACAGAGACCUACAGAGACCCACAAAGACCUACAAAGACCUACAGAGACCUACAGAGACCCACAAAGACCUACAAAGACCUACAGAGACCUACAGAGACCCACAAAGACCUACAAAGACCUACAGAGACCCACAGAGACCUACAGAGACCUACAGAGACCUACAAAGACCUACAGAGACCUACAGAGAUGCACAAAGACUGAACACACUGACAUGUACAGGGUUCAUCCAUACUCACUGUCUGUUAUCCUCCUCUGUGUGUGUGUGUCUGUGUGUGUGUGUGUGUGUGUGUGUGUGUGUGUGUGUGUGUGCAGCAUCCUGAGGGAGAUCGAUGAGGUCCAUCAGAACAUGGGUUACUGUCCUCAGUUUGACUCCAUCAACGACCUGCUGACAGGAAGAGAACACCUGGAGCUGUACGCCAUUCUGAGAGGAGUCCCUGAGAAGGAAGUGUGUGACGUAAGUCAGACCUUCAACACACACACACACACACACACACACACACACACACACACACACACACACACACACACACACACACACACACACUGUGAGAUCAUCCUGUGAAGAUGUGAGUUAGAGAGGGAACAAUGAGAGUCAUGAUAAGUUACAGAAAUGAUGAUGAUGAGGAUGAGGAUGAUGAUGAUGAUGAGGAUGAUGAUGAUGAGGAUGAGGAUAAUGAUGAGGAUGAUGAUGAUGAUGAUGAUGAGGAUGAUGAUGAUGAGGAUGAUGAUGAGGAUGAUGAUGAUGAUGAUGAUGAUGAGGAUGAUGAUGAUGAUGAUGACGAUGAUGAUGAUGAGGAUGACAAUGAUGAUGAUGAGGAUGAUGAUGAUGAGGAUGAUGAUGAGGAUGAUGAUGAUGAUGAUGAUGAUGAGGAUGAGGAUGAGGAUGAUGAUGAUGAUGAUGACGAUGAUGAUGAUGAGGAUGACAAUGAUGAUGAUGAGGAUGAUGAUGAUGAGGAUGACGAUGAUGAUGAUGAGGAUGAUGAUGAUGAGGAUGAGGAUGAUGAUGAUGAUGAGGAUGAGGAUGAUGAUGACGAUGAUGAUGAUGAUGAUGAUGAUGAGGAUGACGAUGAUGAUGAUGACGAUGAUGAUGAUGAUGAUGAUGAUGAUGUGUGAUUGACAGGUGGCUGAGUGGGGGAUCAGGAAGCUCGGUCUGGUGAAGUACGCCGAUAAGAAAGCAGGAAGUUACAGCGGAGGAAACCUGAGGAAGCUCUCUACAGCCAUGGCUCUGAUUGGAGCGCCACCUGUCGUCUUCCUGGUAACACACACACACACACACACACACACACACACACACACACACACACGCAGCGUGUUCACACAGAGUUAAGUUUUCCUCUCCAGCUGUAUGUUUACAGUUACACAACAUUAUCAGGGCUCAGCUCAGCCAAUCAGAGAGCAGCUGAGGUUGGAUUUAGGAGAGGGGUCCUGAGGGGGGACGGACGGGGUUGUAUAACGGAGCAGGAUUAGACGGAGCCGCUGCAUUUAUGAGACAAACAGACGAAGAAGAAAACAGGUUAGGAGGUCAAACCAUAGAAGAAGAAGAAAAAGAAGAGUUGUUUGUGUGAGAGAGGACGCAGGGAUGCACCUCCUCCCCCUCCUCCUCACCUUCUCCCUCUGCUUCCUGCUCCACCUGUGGGCCAACCUCAACCUGGCUGUCCUCCUCGUUACAGGACGAGCCGACCACCGGCAUGGACCCCAAAGCUCGCCGCGCCCUCUGGAACUGCAUCCACAGCGUCAUCAAGGAGGGACGCUCCGUCGUCCUCACCUCGCACAGGUAAGAGAGACGCCGUCCUCUCACCCGUCCUCCAGUACAUCCUCACUUUAUUUUGAAAAACAUCUAAUGUGUGUGUGUGUGUGUGUGUGUGUGUGUGUGUGUGUGUGUGUGUGUGUGUGUGUGUGUCAGCAUGGAGGAGUGUGAGGCUCUGUGUACCAGGAUGGCCAUCAUGGUGAACGGCAGGUUCAGGUGUCUCGGCAGCGUCCAACACCUGAAGAACAGGUGAGACCGACACAGACCUGUUUGGUUUUAGCCGCUCCACAGUUCAGGGUCUCCGUGGUCCUGGUUUUGGGGGUCAUGAUGCUCCAAAUGUAUCUAAAAGGGGGGCAGGUCAGGACCACAUCAGUCCAGUUUCUCAUUUAUAUGAGAUCCUCUUUUCAUGGUCCAGUCUGAAACUCUUUAGUAGAUGCAGUGAUGAACUUUUGAAGUGAUUCAGCAUCUAGGAUUUCUAGUUCUUUGUCAGCUAAGUCCAGUCGUCCAUCUGUCCUGAUGUUCAUGAAACAGUUUUUAAAAUGUCUGAAUUAUAAAGACAAGAACGUGUCACCUCUAAAAACACCUGAAGUGUGUGUGGUGACCACUGGGGGGCGACACAGUCCCACUGAGUUGUUUGGAGGUUCAUAUUAUAGUUUUUUGUUGUCCUGAACUCUAAACUCUAAACUCUCACAGCAUCGGUCUGUUUACCGUUCACUCUUCAUGUCGUUUCACUCAAUAUCCAGUCAGUGAACACAUUUACACAAAACUUCCUCCCAACAAAACGAUGAUUUUUGUUUUAUUUAUGAAUGUUAACUCACAACAUCCCAUAAUAACAAUAUUCUAAACCUCAGAUACAGAAUAAAAACCUCUGCUGCUGUAAUGAGACCAGAUCAAAAUCAAUCAAUCAAUCUGAUCAGAAACUAACAACUGAAUCAUCGACACACAGAUGGUUUAUGUCGGGUCAACUGGUGAUAAAACAGCUGAUUCUGGUCUGACUGAGACUCAGAGUUCAAAGGUUAAAAGGAGGAGUGUGAGGAGAGACGGACAGAAGAAGACAAACGCUGAAGUGUCUGAACGAGGAAGAGGAAGAGGAAGAGGAAGAGGAAGAGGAAGAGCGAGGGGCCGAGGGAGGAGAGCAGUGAGAGGAGCAGGAGGUUUAGUUCACUGUAAACAACACUGUCAAACUUUCUCUGUUAUUAAGGAGUAAACAGAGUUUCUCCUCCUGUACCUCCUGUAGUAAACAGUGUUUCUCCUCCUGUACCUCCUGUAGUAAACAGUGUUUCUCCUCCUGUAGUAAACAGAGUUUCUCCUCCUGUACCUCCUGUAGUAAACAGUGUUUCUCCUCCUGUAGUAAACAGUGUUUCUCCUCCUGUACCUCCUGUAGUAAACAGUGUUUCUCCUCCUGUACCUCCUGCAGUAAACAGUGUUUCUCCUCCUGUACCUCCUGUAGUAAACAGUGUUUCUCCUCCUGUACCUCCUGUAGUAAACAGUGUUUCUCCUCCUGUACCUCCUGUAGUAAACAGUGUUUCUCCUCCUGUACCUCCUGUAGUAAACAGUGUUUCUCCUCCUGUACCUCCUGUAGUAAACAGUGUUUCUCCUCCUGUAGUAAACAGUGUUUCUCCUCCUGUACCUCCUGUAGUAAACAGUGUUUCUCCUCCUGUACCUCCUGUAGUAAACAGUGUUUCUCCUCCUGUACCUCCUGCAGUAAACAGUGUUUCUCCUCCUGUAGUAAACAGUGUUUCUCCUCCUGUACCUCCUGUAGUAAACAGUGUUUCUCCUCCUGUACCUCCUGCAGUAAACAGUGUUUCUCCUCCUGUACCUCCUGUAGUAAACAGUGUUUCUCCUCCUGUACCUCCUGUAGUAAACAGUGUUUCUCCUCCUGUACCUCCUGUAGUAAACAGUGUUUCUCCUCCUGUACCUCCUGCAGUAAACAGUGUUUCUCCUCCUGUACCUCCUGUAGUAAACAGUGUUUCUCCUCCUGUAGUAAACAGUGUUUCUCCUCCUGUACCUCCUGUAGUAAACAGUGUUUCUCCUCCUGUACCUCCUGUAGUAAACAGUGUUUCUCCUCCUGUACCUCCUGCAGUAAACAGUGUUUCUCCUCCUGUAGUAAACAGUGUUUCUCCUCCUGUACCUCCUGUAGUAAACAGUGUUUCUCCUCCUGUAGUAAACAGUGUUUCUCCUCCUGUACCUCCUGUAGUAAACAGUGUUUCUCCUCCUGUACCUCCUGUAGUAAACAGUGUUUCUCCUCCUGUACCUCCUGUAGUAAACAGUGUUUCUCCUCCUGUAGUAAACAGUGUUUCUCCUCCUGUAGUAAACAGUGUUUCUCCUCCUGUAGUAAACAGUGUUUCUCCUCCUGUAGUAAACAGUGUUUCUCCUCCUGUAGUAAACAGUGUUUCUCCUCCUGUAGUAAACAGUAAAAGGAAAAUAAACUGAUUUAUUUUUUACUGUAAUAAUUUUAAAUGUGAACAUUUCAUGUGAACACAAAGUUCCCAGUGAAGAGAUUUAGAGUAAAAACGGUGAAUUUCAUGUUUUUCCUGUCAAACUGAAACAUUAAAGUCUCUGUAGUUUUUAUCAUGUCAGUAAUAAUCAGUAUUUUGAACCUGGUGAACUUUGAUCGUCUGUAUUUACCUGAUGAAGUGAAAACAAGAGUUUUUCUCAGACUUACAGAGUUUCAGUGAAGUUAGUGUGAGCAGAGAAAGAAGGUUUGAUUUAGAAAUAAGAGUUAGUGAAUAUUGAAGAAAACGUGUUUUUGAGAAGAAAGUUAUCGUGUUUGUCGGAGUGAGUCUGAAGUUUAAGAGACUGAGAAAAACGGUUUAACAGGUGUGUAUAAAGGUGUGUGUGUUUUGUGUGUCAGGUUCGGUGACGGGUACACCAUCAUCCUGCGGGUGGCGGGGCCCGACCCCGACCUUCUGCCCGUCAUGAAGUUCAUCGAGAGCGAGCUGAGCGGGAGCACGCUGAAGGAGAAACACAGGAACAUGCUGCAGUACCAGCUGCCCUCCUCCCUCACCUCCCUCACCCACAUCUUCUCCAUCCUCGCCAAGAACAAGGACACGCUCCGCAUCGAGGACUACUCCGUCACCCAGACCACUCUGGACCAGGUACACACACACACACACACACACACACGCACACACACACACACACACACACACACACACACACACACACACACACACACACACACACACACUGUAGUGGGUCCAGAGAUGAAUCAGGAUCCUUUUCUCGCUGCAGUUAAACCCAAAGUGUUUGACCAGCUGACAGUCGGUGUGAUGUCACUAUGACCACGAUAACGGCGUAUUUCAUAUGUCCAUCAAAGGUCAUGAGUUUGGCUCCUCCCCCUCCUCAUCAGCAUUUCACUGAAGUCACUGAAACCAAAUCCAGAAAACCGAUUCAGUUCAAGUUCCUCUGAUUUUCACACUAACGCUGCUGCUCUUUUCUGUGUGUGUGUGUGUGUGCGUGUGUGUGUGCGUGUGUGUGUGUGUGUGUGUGUGUGUGCGUGCGUGCGUGUGACCCAGGUGUUUGUGAACUUCGCCAAGGACCAGAGCGACGACUACCACUCCAAAGACGCCUCUGUGAAACGAAAGGACGUGUCCAUCGACAUCCCCACGCUAAGCUCCGCCUCAGGAGCGGCCGAGGGGCGGAGCUCUCUGAGGGAGAGUGUCAUGUGACCCAGUGAUCAUGUGACCGUGUUUUAAACCUGCGCCGUCCCCGCAGCAGAGCGUACGCCCCGCCUCCUCUGCUGUGAUGUCAUAGUGAUUUAAACAGCGGGCGAAGUCACCUGCUGCAGAAUGCCAGUCAAUGCAAACUGUUUCCUGUUCGCGGCGCCGCGCCGCCGCUGAGCGUGACUGUUAGAGACACUUGAAUAAGUUGUUGUUGUUGUUGUGAUUGAUCACUGCUGAUCGAUCAAUCAGCUGAUCAGCUCGAACAUGAAGAACCAAUCAAACGACAGAGUCGACUGAGAACAUUUUAAAAACGUCUGAUUCCGUUUUUAAAGUUUUAUUUAUGUUUCUGUUUAAUCCUCGUGACAUCACUGCUUCCUGUCCAACAGCCAAUCAGUGAUCGAUCCUUUGAUUUUAUAGUUUUUGUAAGAAAAAGACAGAAAAGGCAGAUUUGUAGAGUUUUGGUAAACGAGAAGAAAAAUACCUCAUCAGCUCCUCAGACAGUAUUCAUCAGACCCUGAAAACAGCUGAUCCACCGAUCGAUCCAUCGAUGGAUGGAUCAUUGAUCAGCUCUUCAGCACUUUAAGUGUUUGCACUGACAGGUGAUGGUUUUAUCUUCAGUUCUUUAAUGAAGCUGAUGAAGAGAGGCUGUUCCUGGACCUGACCUUCAAAAUAAAAGACACAAAUCUGA